AAGCCAGAGCGCUCUCGGAGAGCGGCCGAUAUACGUCGCAUCGAGCCGUGUGUAUGCGACGCCGCUCGCGGUGCGGCUCUGGUUUUGGCGUUCCCUGGAAGCGGGGCAGAGAGCCGGAGCGUAACCGUGCCGAGGACGUGGCCCGCGCCGGGCGCGAUCUAGGACUGGCUGCUCGCUGCCUACAUGGCGCGAGACGUCGACGGCAGUGGAUUUGGACGGUCUCACACUUUCAGGCUGGAUCGCACGGCUUCGACGGCCAGCACGAGCUGCUGGGAGCGGCUACACAUGCCGAACAUAUCGAAGACGCACCUGGCCAUCGGCUGCGUGGUCUUCUUUAUGGCGUGCAUGAUCAUCAUCCUGGUGGCUCUGGCCGUGACGAUAGCGACGCACCGCUACUUCUACUACAACGUGGCCCCUGCGGGAUCGGCGGGAGGCCCCGCAGGUGGCGGCGGCCCCGACGGAGGAGGUCCUGGACCAUCCGAGCCCGAUAUCAUCACGGACAUCCCUUGUCCGGUGCAAGCCGUCGAAGACUGCGAGAAGCACGGGUGCAAGGCGAUGCCGGAUCCAGGACACGGCGGGGCCACUCGCUGCUUUCUGCGGGACGACGCGUUCGGCUACCGGUAUCGGCACACCACGUACGGAGACCGGGAGGUCAACUACAGCCUCACCUACGACAUGACCUCGCAGGGCCCUUUCGCCGAUGAUGUCAUCAACAACGUGCGCGUGCAGGCGGUGUACCUCACUGAAGAUACGUUGAGGUUACGGAUUCACGACGAGGACAGACGUCGCUACGAGGUGCCCGUGUUGGACGACUCACCGCUCAUGCGAAGCCCUCCCGCUGUGGACAGGAGCCGCUUGCGGUACCUCAUCGAGGCCAACGAGACGAGACGCGGACGCGCCAGGCUGAGGGUGCUGCGCUCGGACAAUUACGUCGUCAUGCUGGACUCGUGGCACCUGGUGAUGACCGAGCAGUUCCUUCAGGUGGUGCUACCUUACAGCGGCGAACAGCUGUACGGAUUCGGAGAGAGCGGACACGAGCACAUCAACCUUGCGAUGGGAAGCGGCACGAUGUUCUCCAGGCGUGUCAGCAACUACAGCGCCAUGGAUAACGCAAUCGCAAACUGGGAUAACUUCGCUGGAGUUCACCCGUUCUUCAUGAAUCCCAAAGGAGACGGAACAGCAUGGGGAGUUCUCAUCCUCAACAGCAACGCGAUGGAUUACACGGUGACAUCGGGCGGAAACAUCGCCAUUGCGACCACGGGCGGCAUCCUGGACCUUUACUUCUUCGUGGGAUCCACACCCGCUCAGGUGGUUCAACAAUACCAAAAGGACAUGAUCUGGCUGGACGUAUUCCAAGAUUCGAAGGCAUUCACUCUGAACUCCGCUUUCGGCGGCCUUCAGACCUACGUCCGGCAACUGGCGAGCGCGGGCGUUCAAGUGGGCCUGGUCACAGUACGUACCCGAAUGUGCCAAACCUCGAUAAAACAAAUGGUUCCCUACAUCGAACACCACUUCGUAUAA